AUGGAACAGUACAGCCGACGUUACGAACGUCUCCUGGACUCAGUGGUCCUGCGCCGUCGCAGGAGACGGAGGCGCGCAGCCCAGGUGCUGCAGAGCCUCCGCCGUUUCACCGAGGCCGACGGUGUUGUGGCGCUCGCGUCGCUGAAAUGCGACGCCCCCAAGCUGGUGCAACUCGAGGACUUCCUGGACGAGCUGGCGCUCGUCUUGCACAACUAUCUGUUCAGCGGCAACGAACACGUGGUUCGCGUCGCCCUCGACGUUGUGCGCAGCGCCGUGGCCAAGCGAUGCCACCGCCUCAAGCCCUGCAACCUGGAACACCUGCUCGCGUCCCUUCUACGCACCCUGGUGUCCGCCUCGUCAACUACAGUGUUCUUUAUGGCGCGCAUGACUAUCCAGGACAUGCUUCGGGCUGAACCAGAACUUUCGUCGGCGGCGCUCUCGAACAUUCUGGAGCACUGCGAGGCUCGCCAGGCGAUCGAGAUAUACAUGCAACUCAUCGCGUUCGUGCUCGUCUCUGAAGACAUCUUGCUUUCCGUGCUCGACCGGCUGGUGGCGAUCACGAUUCGAGACCUGAUGCGGGACAGCAUGGCGCACAGGUUCUGCGCCUUCGAGGCGAUCUACUCGCUACACUACAGGUACCUGAGCAGGCGUGACCUGUUGACCUACGCGGAGCAGAUAUCGUUGCCCAAGGCGCUGGUCGAGGCCCUCCGAAGGCGGCUCGCUCGCCGCUAUGUUCCACCCCUGAAGGCGGACACUCUCAAGCCCGAGAUGAUGGGUGACGCCGACUUCGCGUGGAUCGCGCACGGACCGCAACCAUCCAGGACGUCGCCUCAGGGUGAAGAAGACGGGGCCGAGAGAGACGUCCGAUUCAGGCGCACCAGCACGCCUGCUCCGCCCGCCUUUCCAUUUGAGGCCCGGCGGAAACGACAAACAUUAUAG